CGACUCAGUUGAGUAAAGGAUAUACGCGCGUGCGGUUGUUGCUGCCAUUAAUAGACGCUGCAGCGCUAAGUCAAAACUGUCAAAAAAAAGUGUGAUUUUUUUUUGUAAAUUGCCAUUUUAUAAAAUUUACAGCAAUUGUGCGCCUGCAAAAAAAUAUAUGAAUAUACACCUUGUCUGCAAAUGUUUAGUGCUGCGUUGUGUACAAAGCAUGUGCGUGUAUGUGAGUUGUGUGCAUACUUAUAGGCGUUGUAUGAAAUUCCUAAGCAACAAUUAGACGAGUCGCACACAAGAAAAAAAAAUGAAUUGUGAAUUCAAUAUCUACGCGUAAAACUACGAAAGCAGACAUUUUGCAGCGAGUGCGCGACUUCGAAACGGCAGCGAAAAGCAAAUGCAGAGAGCAAGUAAAAAAUUGUGCCAUACAAAAUUUAAUUAAAUGAAGUAUUAAGAGGUGUAAUGCAAAACAGCUUGUGAGCGUAAGUGCGUGCGUACGUGUGUGUGUUUGUGUCCGCCUAAUAAUUCUCUAUAUGCGCGCAGACAUGCUGCGGCGAGUGCUGCUGCUGCUUACCGCUUAGCACCUUAAUCAAGUUAGUUAGUUGGCUUUGGCAGUCGUCGUGACUCGUACUACAGACGCUGCACAAACUUAAGAAGCCAAAUGUUGCGCGUCUAACUUCGACGCGUACUACACACGUCUUAACCACGUCCUGAAGCCGUGCCGUGUACACAAUUCGAAGUUAAUGCGCUCAUCCUUGGCGUUCAUUCGAAAUUGCGUGCUGUGCCGCGUGCCUUGUAAGUCGCGCGCUCGUUGUCGCUUCGUGCAUGCCGUCCAGCAGCGACCGGUACACGUUUACCACCUCGACUGAGGACUUUCCGCUUCAACGCUGUUCUUGUCUAUCGUUAAUUCAUUAUUCGCGCUGUAUGUGUUUGUAUGUGUAUGUAUAGACGAAAGCAUAUAACACAGCGCGCGUGUGUCUUUUUAACUCCAGGCAAGCUUAAGCUUAUGCUGUCUGUGUUGUGUUCGUACGCAAGUCCUUUUCACCACACUCGCGUUUCAACUCUCCAUUCGCUAAAGCUUCAGACGGUCGUCUCUUAUCGUUGGUUUUUUUGCAGCCAAAGUGAAGUUUGCUGACUGGCGUGUUGCCCACACACUCGCACACGCAAAUACCAGUCUAUAAAAAUCUCUGUGCAUACAUACACACAAACAUAUGUGCCUGUGCUUUGUGGUUAUGCGCGUAAAGCGCAAAGUCAUACAACCGGAUAUAAGCGUGCGUAUAACCGGCUUUAUUGGCCUAUCGGAUGUGUGGUCUUGAGGAAGUGUAGAAGAUGCAUAAUCCCCUCUGUGUAUGAAUCCAACUGUGUUUUGUUAACCGAAGUGCGGGAAAUAUCGUAAAUAAUUAAAUUUCUGUGUGAAUCCUAAAAGUAUGCAAUUGUUUUGCCACGAAAAUACCCGAAUACACACAAAAAGUUAGACGUUCACUGAAAAUGUUUUCUUUUUUAAAGUAUUCAAUAAUUAGUGUGUGAAAUUAAAUUCGUUUUUUUAAUCUAUACAUACAUACAUAUAUACUGAUAACUAAUAAUCAACAAUUGUGUAAACAUCUAUAUACUACCCGAAAUAUUAAGUUUCUUACUUCUAUAAAUGCACACAGAGCACAUGGCGCAAGUGUGAGCUCGCAUAUGGUUGUCUGGUGUUUUUCUAAGCGCUUAAAAAACGAGAGAGUUCAAAGGAAUUUUUUACCGAGUCUAUGAAUAUUGAUCAAGGUUCUGUGUGUUAGAAGAAAUAAGACACAACUCCAGUAACUACGCCAGAGCAACGGUAACUGUGAAAACUCAAUAACUUGCAACACAAUUGAAACUAUUUAAACGCUAAAAUAUUGUUACGGAUAUGGAAGUGCGGGGGAAAUGUCUGUGGCCAGGCAAUAAACAACCACAACAGCAACAAAAACUACAAAAACAACAGCAAAAUCCGAGACGAGAACUAUUUGAAGUGCUGCAACAAACCCAACGGAAAUGCCACCAAAACCAAAACGAAAGAACAAACCACCUACGAUUACAGCAAAUACAACACAAACAACACACAAAUGAAAAACAUACAGUAAUUACACCACAGCAGCUGAAAACGGUGCAAAAAGCAAACGAAAACGUCGAACGACAGCAACAGCGAAGCGCGUUACAGCAACAUCCUAAAUUAUUACCCAUAAAUCAUCAUCGAUGGCCAAUGCCUCCAUUGCUGGCGCGCGUAGCCACAUCGCCACCAACACCAACGCCACACAGUUCAAGCACUUCACCAAAUCCUAAUGUAGUCAACGAAUUUGUGCGCUUCAGUGCAGCUGCCAUUCGCCGAAGCCUGGCGUACGCGACAGCGACAUUAGCGGUCGCGGCAGUGACGAAAGCGAAAGCACUCACUGCAGUUGUUGCGGGUUGUUGUAGGAAACGAUUUCCAAUACUUUGGUUGUUGGCCCUCCUCAGUGCGGCACAAUUCUCAACAACGGCAACAACAACGGCAGCGGCAAGCAGAGCUGCGGCAACUAAUGUUGUGUUCAGCACAACGCCAAAGCUGCUGCCACACGGAAUGCUGAGCACCGCCGCAACAGUCACCGCUGCCGCUCUGCUGAGCCAAGCAUCCGCUGCACAAGCGGCCAUUUUGACUGCCAGUGUACCCACAUUUGAGCCGAGGCUAACGCGUUACAAAUUCCCCACAGAGGCAGACGAGGGUGUGGGAACGGAUGGCUACGCGGAUGCGGAUGCAGAUGCUUUGGUGCAGGUACAGGUAAAACGCAUUAAUCUGCUGGAUAAUGAUGAUGAGUCGGCAGCGGUGGCAGCAGCAGCAGCACCACCUUCACAACCCGAGGAACUUGGCGAGGAGGAGUUGACGUCCGAGCAAGAAGAGCUAUACGAUGAGGACCAACAGCUUUCACAGCAAGCUGCCACCAGAAAGUUGAAUAGCAAUGAACAGCAGUUGCUUAUGUUCUAUCGACGUGUGCAACAUGCGGCCGAGCGGCAGCAACAACAGCAUGGCCACCAAUACCCAACAUCACAUCGUCAUUAUCAACGCGCGGGCGUAGAAGAACAGCCGACAUCCUUUCUCGUUGAGUCAAAGUCGCAUUACGCUGACAUAACACCAACAGUUGGCAAUGUUGUUCCAAUGCCCAGUGACGAUGUGUUGGCCAUGCAGUCAUUGCACAAACAUGUCACCAAACGCAGUGCAACCACUAAGCUGGCAGCGACGACAGUAACGCCAACUGCGCACACUGCAAGUACUACCACCGCUAAUAUCAGUAACGUAGCAACUAACAACGCGACCGCAGCAGCGAACAAUACCGAAGAGGAGAAAUGUGAACCAAAGGUGUUGGAUGAGGUGCCACCCGAACCGUUUUUCGAUUUCUCCGACAUCGCCGAAGAUGCUGCACGCCAAUUCACUGAAUUUAUUACGAAUAAAUUUGGCACCUCAGGCCCACCAUCGCAGCAGGCCAUCACCGCGGAAUUGCGUGAAGAGCUGCGACGUCGUGCCAACGGCAUUGCCAGUUAUGCAUUAAACGAGGAUGAGAAUCUGUUGGCGUUUGCAAUUGCAGCGCCGAGCAUACAAACGGUUGUGGUCAAGUUCAGGGAUGACGUAACGAUACCACCGGAUCAGAUACACAAUAAAGCAAUACUUGGUUCCUAUUGGCGUGAAUUGGGUGUGGCGUGGAACAGCACCGAGGGCGCACAGGAGUGGGGUGCACCAUUCCGGGAUUGCAAUGUGUUGAAAAGACGUUGGCUGUGGCCGUUUCGCAUUACAUUUAGUGAAAAUAAAAUAAAAAUUGGAGCUGUCGCCUUUAUUGCUGCUGAUGAGGACGUCUGUAAUGAUGGGCUGGAGGAAGUUUUCGGACGAAAGCAUGGCUGCGAUCGCAACACCACAUUUUGUUUGCUUACCGAGAAUAAACCCUCGGCGACACGAGAUGUCUACACCUGCAUCUGUCGUGAAUCCUUCUAUUUGCCCAACUCAACACUACAGGGUUUUCGCGGUGAUAUCGUGGAAGCAUCCGAGGGUUAUGGCAAUUAUUCUUGCAUACCCUGUCCCGAUGGCUGUACAACAUGUGAUCAACAUGGUGUCUGCCUACUGGGUGAACCACCUGAGGUUGUGUCAAUGGAGAGCUUAUUAAAUGUAUCUGUGGGCUCGGUAUUGGGCGCAUGCAUACUUUGUUGUAUCGUACUGAGUGUAAUUGUGUUCCGGCAGAGAAAAUGUAAGGCUAUUGCUUCAGGCAUGUGGACAGUGCUGGAAACAAUUUUAUUGGGAAUCAUAUUACUUUAUGCAUCGGUUGCCGUCCAUUUCUUUCCCGCCACCACCGAACGCUGUCUACUUGAACCAUGGCUGCGUGAACUUGGCUUCAUCACCUGCUACGGUGCCAUCAUAUUGAAACUGUAUCGCCAUCUGGUCGAUUUUCGUACACGCAAGGCGCAUCGUUGGGUGUUGCGCGACAUCGAUUUGCUGAAAUAUUUGGGCACAAUGGUAUUUGCGGUCACCUGUUAUAUGGCCGCCUUCACUGCCGCCGCACUAGAUCUGAUCGAUGUGUCACAGUUGGGCACAUUGCGUGAGCAGCGCACAAACACUUGCCUGCCACUUAAGUGGGAAUAUGUGACACAGGUCAGCGAAGUGUUAAUACUCUGCUUCGGCUUGCAUUUAGCUUUCGCCAGUCGCAAUGCCAACACGCAAUUUAGAGAAAGGCAGUUCCUCGUUGCGACACUGGCCAUCGAAUUUCUAGUGUCGACCACAUUCUAUGUGCUGCGUUUCUUCUAUUUGCCCGAAAUGAGUCCGAGCGCUAUAUUUUUAGCGCUUUUCCUGCGCUCACAAUUGACCAACACCAUGGCGUUGGGUUUGAUAUUUGUGCCAAAAUUGUGGUAUCAGCAUAAGCAGGUCCCCUUGCCCAUGAAUCUAUCAAUACGUUUACCUGUGGAUGCUUUCAAGGUCAACGAUCCGCAACGUCUGGGCGGUGGUUAUGCUGGUCUAUGUUUGGGUGAUCCCGAUAUUGGUGAACUGACCAUUGCCGAAAUGAGCCCAGAGGAUAUACGUGCUGAACUUAAAAGACUGUAUACACAACUUGAAAUUUUAAAGAAUAAAACCCUACGUCAAGACAAUCCGCAUAUAAGUAAACGACGUGGCGGACGGAAAGCUGGACAUCGUCGCUUCUCGUUACAAGCUCUAAGUGCCAAACACCGUAGCAACAAGCAUCAUCAAGAUAUUGAAAUCACCGAAGCCGAACCAUCGCGCACACCCGAAGACUCUGUGUGCAGUGUAGAGGGCCCGACCGAUGCCGAGAUAUCGGGCAUUUCGCAUUCAAUGCUAUCACAUUCCGCCAUUUCACACUCAAUCGUCUCACAUUCGAAGUGAAAUACAAAGUCUACAACAUGGGUGUGAAAGCAGCGUGACAAAGUGGUUAAAGAAAAAUCGUAAAAAAUUAUGAAAUCGAGUGAAGUGAUAAUAAGAAAUGAAGUUAAAAGAUUUUGAAGGUGAUACGUGAUUAAUACCUUUUUUGUUUUUGAAAAAUGUUGUAAGCACCUAAAACGGAACUAUUUCCAAAGAUCUGAUAGCUGACAAAUUCAUUAUGUACAUACAGACAUAUAGAUUUAAAUACGCUUCAGAAGGUAAGCAGUUAUAACGUAUUUUAUUAUUUUAGCUAUGUAUAUGUAUAUAUAUAAUUUUUUUUACAUUUUUCUAAAAUUUUUACUAAGAAGUUUAUCAAUUUAGCAUUAUUUAAUUCUAGUGAAACAAAAUAUAUAAUUUUUUUCAAAAACUUUAUAUUUAGUUUAUAAGUUUUCAAAUGAUCGAUUUUCCUUCGUUAUCCUGUCUUAACAUACCCAAAAAAUUGUUUGCAACUUAAAAGGGCAAUGAAAUAAAUGCCAACUUCAAGCUGAGCCUAAUUUUGGGGUACUAACAUUUCGAAAAUGUACUUGAACCUAGAUCCAAACUUUCGUUGCACAGCCAAAUGUUGUAGUCUGCAAAACUCCAAUAUAUAUCUAAGUAAUUUUUCAAAAUUAUACGGUGGAGGACUUUAGUUAACCAACUCAAUUAGUACAUUAUUAAGCAAGUCGAUUAAAAUCAAUAAGGAUUUACGGCUAUUUUCCAUAUUUAAGCAAAAGCUCAUUAGCUCUCUGCAUGUGAAAAGCUUUCGAAAGUUUUGAGCUUUCAUAAGUUUCAGCUCCGUGCACUCUCAUAAACAAUUAGACUAUUUCCUUAUUUAGGUAGGUAGGUAGGACCUAGACUAGACCUUUAAGAAGCCCAUUGUGAAACCACGGGAACUAAUAACACCUCUGUACUCUACAUUCAAACGAAAGCUCAUUAGCUGCUUGCGUAUGAAAAGCUUACGAAUGUUUUGAACUUUCAUAAGUUUCAGCUCCGCGAGCUCUCAUAAGCAAUUCGACUAUUUCCUUGUUUAGGUAUAUAGAGUGCCUGUCUGACAACGCAUUUCACCCAGACUAGACCUUUAGGAUGCCCAUUGUGAAACCACCGGGACUAAUAACUCUCACUCUGUCGUCUUCUUGCUGAAACACUCCGCGCUUCUGAUGAAGUUCAACAGUACAAAAAGUUUAUCUGUGCAACCUUUGAAAUAUCGUCAUGAGACCCUCGACCGAUGAUUCCGACCUUUUUCCUAUACAGAGCUUUACAUUCGCAUAGAGGCCGUUUUAUUAUCUCCUCUUCUUUUACCUCCCGACAGCUUCUACAAUAGUCAUUAUAUGACGUUACUAGUAGUGUGCUGGCAUAUCUGCUUGUUGAACAAGUUAGAGAAUGGUUCCACCGAGACCCCGCUGUGUUUAUAACAUAUUUGUCGAUAGUCCAUGUAAAUUUACUCUUUUCCGGGAUCUAAUUGUAGGGUGAUCUGGCUAAUUCAUCUGCUUACCAGGAAUAUCACUAUGACCUGGACUCCAUUGCAGGUUUAUCGUGAAAUAAGAUGUCCAAUAAGAGAUCAAGGUAUUCCUUCACCAUUUUAUAUGAAACCCUAAGCAAGUUUAGUGACUUUUCACCAUCUUCUAUAAAACCGUAAAAGACUUUAGUGAUUUUAAACC